AUGAAUCUGUCCUCUUUUUUAAGCUGUUUCAGCAGCCAACAACGAGGAGGAGGAGGAGGAGGAGGAGAAGAAGAAGCAGGUCAACGAGGGGGUGAAACUGUUACGACUUCAAAAUUUCCAGUAUUCUCUUACAAUCAAAUCAAAACUGCCACUCAGGGAUUCAGACAGAAGAUUGGAGAGGGGGGAUUUGGUUCUGUUUACAAGGGACGACUUCAAAAUGGGAAUUUUGUGGCAGUCAAAGUUCUAUCUGUUGAACUUGAAUCAAUGAGAGGAGAGAGGGAAUUCAUAUCUGAGAUUGCAGCAUUAUCUGAUAUAAAGCAUGAAAAUCUUGUUAUCCUCCGAGGAUGUUGUAUAGAUGGAGCUAAAAGACUUUUGGUCUAUGAUUUCAUGGAAAACAAUAGCCUUUUCCACGCCUUUCUUGGCGGGGAACAUAACAGGAUGAAAUUUAAUUGGACAUUGAGAAGAAACAUAUCUUUAGGAAUUGCGAAAGGACUUUCGUACCUGCACGAAGAAAUCAAUCCUCACAUUAUACAUCGGGAUAUCAAAGCGAGCAAUAUACUUCUGGACGAGAAUUUUACACCAAAACUCUCAGAUUUCGGUCUGGCUAGGCUGUUCAGAGAAAACAUGUCACAUAUUAGUACUCGUGUGGCCGGAACUUUGGGCUAUCUUUCUCCAGAAUAUGCAACCAGCGGACACUUGACAAGAAAAUCAGAUGUCUACAGCUUUGGAGUAUUGUUACUGGAAAUUGUCAGUGGUCGUCCUGUCGUUGAUUACCAUUUACAAUAUGGAGAUCAGUUCUUAGUAGAAAAGGCAUGGGAAUUUUACAUUUCUAAUACCCUGUUGGAGCUAGUGGAUCCUGUUCUGAGCGGAGAUUUUCCAGAAGAGGAAGCUAUCCGAUUCUUGAAAGUUGGGCUGCUAUGUGUGCAAGAGACGACAAAACUCCGGCCUAGAAUGUCCAUGGCCGUUAAGAUGUUGACAAAUGAGAUGAAGACCGAAGACAUUGAGAUAUCACGGCCUGGACUAGUUGCUGAUCUGAUGGAUCUUAAAAUACGACAGAAUCAAUCGUCGCAUUUUUCUUCUUCUCAGGCAUCCAGUAGUACGGGAAGUUUCCAAGCACGAUGA